CCGCUUCCUUAGAUUCCGCGCGUGGCAACGACUUGGGCGCCGCGCUCUGGCCUCCACGGGCUCUUGGUAGAUUUCUCGAGAAAGCCGCGUCUCACCCCGCUAGACUCGCGGUCGCCCUGCUCCCCCUCGCCGCGAGGUACAAAUGAUGCAAAAUGUACACCUGGCCCCAGAAACAGAUGAAGAUGAUCUUUAUUCUGGUUAUAAUGACUACAAUCCAACCUAUGAUACUGAGGAAUUAGAGAAUGACACCGCUUUUCAGCAAGCAGUGAGAACUAGUCAUGGCAGAAGACCUCCAAUAACUGCUAAAAUACCAAGCACAGCAGUUACUAGACCUGUAGCUACUGGAUAUGGGUCCAAGACAUCCCUGGCAUCAUCGAUGGGAAGACCAAUGACAGGGGCUAUUCAGGAUGGAAUUACUAGACCAAUGACAGCAGUGAGAGCAGCUGGUUUUACCAAAGCAGCUUUGAGAGGCUCUGCAUUUGACCCCCUUGGUCAGUCAAGGGGCCCUGCUCCUCCUUUGGAAGCCAAAAAUGAAGAUAGUCCAGAAGAAAAGAAUAGACAAUUAGAGAAGAAAGUAAAUGAAUUGGUAGAAGAAAGCUGUAUUGCCAACAGCUGUGGAGACUUAAAAUUGGCCUUAGAAAAGGCAAAAGAUGCAGGAAGAAAAGAGAGAGUCUUGGUGAGACAACGAGAACAAGUUACAACUCCAGAAAAUAUCAAUUUGGAUUUAACUUACUCAGUUCUUUUCAACUUGGCUAGUCAAUAUUCAGCUAAUGAAAUGUAUGCUGAAGCACUAAACACAUACCAAGUUAUAGUGAAAAAUAAGAUGUUUAGCAAUGCAGGAAGAUUGAAAGUGAAUAUGGGAAAUAUUUAUUUGAAACAAAGAAAUUAUUCCAAAGCCAUUAAAUUCUACCGAAUGGCACUAGAUCAAAUUCCAAGCGUCCAUAAAGAAAUGAGGAUUAAAAUUAUGCAGAACAUUGGUGUUACAUUUAUAAAAACUGGUCAGUACUCAGAUGCCAUUAAUUCAUUUGAGCACAUCAUGAGUAUGGCACCAAAUCUGAAGGCAGGCUUCAACCUAAUUCUUAGUUACUUUGCUGUUGGAGAUCGAGACAAAAUGAAGAAGGCAUUCCAAAAAUUGAUUGCUGUUCCGUUAGAAAUUGAUGAAGAUGAUAAAUAUAUUUCACCAAGUGAUGAUCCACACACCAACUUGGUGAUUGAAGCUAUAAAAAAUGAUCAUCUAAGGCAAAUGGAACGUGAAAGGAAAGCCAUGGCAGAAAAAUACAUCAUGACAGCCGCAAAACUCAUUGCUCCUGUAAUUGAAACAUCUUUUGCUGUAGGUUAUGACUGGUGUGUUGAAGUUGUGAAAGCGUCUCAAUAUGUAGAGUUAGCAAAUGAUCUGGAAAUAAACAAGGCAAUUACAUACUUGAGACAAAAGGACUUUAACCAAGCUGUAGAGACCUUAAAAAUGUUUGAAAAAAAGGACAGUAGAGUGAAAAGUGCAGCUGCAACCAACCUCUCAUUUCUUUAUUAUUUGGAAAAUGAAUUUGCACAAGCCAGCAGCUAUGCAGAUUUAGCUGUGAACUCCGAUAGAUAUAAUCCCUCAGCUCUGACUAAUAAAGGGAAUACAGUUUUUGCAAAUGGUGAUUAUGAGAAGGCAGCUGAAUUUUAUAAAGAGGCUCUAAGAAAUGAUUCUUCUUGUACUGAAGCACUUUAUAAUAUUGGCCUUACCUAUAAGAGGCUAAACCGGCUCGAUGAAGCUUUGGAUUGUUUCCUGAAACUUCACGCAAUCCUGAGAAACAGUGCCCAAAUUCUUUACCAGAUAGCAAAUGUAUAUGAAUUAAUGGAAGAUCCCAAUCAAGCUAUUGAAUGGUUAAUGCAGCUGAUCAGUGUUGUUCCAACUGAUUCUAGAGCUUUGUCUAAACUAGGAGAAUUAUAUGAUAGUGAAGGAGAUAAAUCCCAAGCAUUUCAAUAUUACUAUGAGUCGUACAGGUAUUUCCCCUCUAACAUUGAAGUCAUUGAGUGGCUUGGAGCCUAUUACAUUGACACCCAGUUUUGUGAAAAAGCCAUUCAAUACUUUGAAAGAGCUUCUCUUAUACAGCCUACACAAGUGAAAUGGCAGCUGAUGGUAGCUAGUUGUUUUAGAAGAAGUGGUAACUACCAAAAAGCAUUAGAUACUUAUAAGGAUAUUCACAGAAAAUUUCCCGAAAAUGUUGAAUGUCUGCGUUUCUUGGUUCGUCUCUGCACAGAUAUUGGAUUAAAAGAAGUUCAAGAAUAUGCAACAAAACUCAAGAGAUUGGAAAAAAUGAAAGAAAUACGGGAACAGCGCAUAAAGUCUGGCAGAGACAGCAGUGGGGGCUCCCGCAGCAGAAGAGAGGGGAGUGAUGGCAGCGAUAGUGGCCAGAACUGUAGUGCCAGUAGUAAAGGUGAACGACUAAGUGCCAAACUCAGAGCUUUACCUGGGACAAACGAACCUUAUGAAAGUAGCAGUAACAAAGAAAUAGAUGCCUCCUAUGUGGAUCCACUUGGCCCUCAAAUAGAAAGACCAAAAACUGCAGCCAAAAAAAGAAUCGACGAGGAUGAUUUUGCUGAUGAAGAAUUAGGAGAUGAUUUGCUUCCCGAAUAAUAUACACUUUAAAUUUUUACUUAUUAAAGGAAAGAAAUUGCCUUACAAGAUAAUGCUUGUGUGAGACUUUGGAUUAAACACCCAAAUUUUAAUUUCAUACACUGUCAAAACCUUAAAUAAGUGUAUUCUGUUCUAUGAGAUUGGUCUAAGUUUUGUUUUGUUUAUAUGGAAUAAAGAUAUGUGAAACUAAUA